AUGUCUAUUUGGAUUCGUAAUGGCACGGUGGUUAACUGCGAUUGGAUGCGAAAAGCUGACGUUGUUAUUGAAGAUGGUAUUAUUACGUAUGUUUUUCACUUACCUGUUUCUGAGUAUUCCAAAGCCGUCGGAACAGACUUAAAAAUACCAGAAAAUAUUGAACGUGUUAUUGAUGCAACAGACAAAUUGGUUAUGCCAGGAGGAAUCGAUCCACAUACACAUCUAGAACUAAAAUUUAUGGGUCAAGUUUCCGUUGAUGAUUUUUACAUUGGUUCUCGAGCUGCUUUAGCUGGCGGAACAACUAUGUUUAUCGAUUUUGUGAUGCCAGUGAAGGGAGAAUCCCCGCUUGAAGCAUACAACCAAUGGAGAAAAAUGGCUGAUCAAAAGGUUUGUUGCGAUUAUGGCUUAUCUGUGGCAAUAUCGACGUUUAAUGAUGAAGUUAUGGAGAUGAUGGCAACUUUAGUUGAACCGGAAUAUGGAAUUAAUUCUUUUAAAUUCUUCCUGGCAUAUCCAGAUUAUAUGUUGAACGAUGGAGAAUUCUAUCACGCAAUGCGCCACUGUGCAAAAUUAGGUGCUCUUGCGCGUGUACAUGCUGAAAAUGGUUAUGUUAUAGUUGUUAAGCAGCACGAGCUUCUUGCGAAAGGUAUUACUGGACCAGAAGGACAUCCUCAGAGCCGUCCUGAAGAGAUCGAAGAAGAAGCUACUAAUCGUGCUUGCGUUUUAGCAGCCCAGGCAAACUGUCCGUUAUACGUAGUUCAUGUCAUGUCUAAAGAUGCUGCAAUCGACGUUGGGAAACAUAGGAAACGUGGAAGUGUGGUUUUUGGAGAAGCCAUUGCUGCAGCGUUAGCAAUCGAUGGUAGUUCAUAUUACGAUGAGGACUGGACUUUCGCUGCUGCACAUGUCAUGUCUCCCCCGUUAAGUAGGGAUUCAACGGCAAAAAAUUAUUUAAUGGAUCUUCUGGCCUGCAGUUAUUAUAGUGGUGAUCUCCACCUGGUUGGAACAGACAACUGUACGUUCAGCAUUGCUCAAAAAAAAGUCGGAAAGAAAGAUUUUACAAAAAUCCCAAAUGGCGUCAACGGAAUAGAGGACCGUAUGAGUAUAGUUUGGGAGAAGGGUGUCUGCAGUGGAAAACUUGAUCUUAUGCGCUUUGUAGAAAUUACCAGUUCAACAGCAGCAAAAAUUUUCAAUAUCUACCCUAGAAAGGGACGUAUAGCUGUAGGAUCGGAUGCUGAUAUUAUUAUUUGGAAUCCCAACAAAAGACGUAUCAUUUCUGCGAGUAAACAUCACCAUGCAUGUGAAAUAAACAUUUUUGAAGGUAUUCAGAUCCACGGCGUUUGCGAAAUGACCAUUUCUGCCGGCAGGGUUGUAUGGGAAAAUGGAGAAUUGAAGGUUGCGAAAGGCUCUGGUCGUUUCAUACCGCUACCGCCGUUUUCACCGUAUUGUUUUUCAACUAUACGUCGCCGUGCAAAGAAAAUGCGUCCAAAAUCUGUGAAGAGAACAGAUGCAUAA